UAAGCUGGUACCACUGCAGCAGAAACUUCAGUCUGGGCUUGCACCUGAGCCCCUCGCACACCCCCGUCAGGCACAGAGGGAAAGGACCCCCGGCACAGCCAUGAGUAGCAUCGCCUAUGACCCCUACUACUCCACCUCCUCGUACCGCCGCUGGUACGUGGAGGGAGCCCCCCGAGGGGCCGUGAACAGGGGGAGGUCCCGCUCGGUCCACUCCUCCCACGCCUCCCCCCUCUCCUCCAUGACCUCCCGGCUGCAGUACUCCUCCCCUGGCCGGAUGCUUCACUCCUCCUCCUCCGGCGCCUCCUCCUCCCAGGCCUACUCCUCCGUGGAGAGGGAGCUCAGCCAGGCCAACCAGGUGAGCUCCGAGUUCCGCACCGUCCGCACCCAGGAGAGGGCCCAGCUCCAGGGCCUGAACGACCGCUUCGCCGGCUUCAUCGAGCGUGUGCGCGACCUGGAGCAGCAGAACCGGGCGCUGGAGGCCGAGCUGAUGGUGCUGCGGCAGAGGCACGCCGAGCCGUCCCGCCUGCGGGCGCUGUACGAGCAGGAGGCGCGGGCACUGAGGGCGGCGGUGGACGAGGCGCGGGCCGAGCAGCAGGCGGCGCUGGGCCAGCGCGAGCGUUUGGAGCAGACCCUCUGCUCCCUGCAGGCCCGCUACGAGGAGGAGAUCCUGGGCCGCGAAGAGGCCGAAGGCAGGCUGAUGGAGGCCCGCCGCGAGGCCGACCAGGCCGCCCUGGCCAGGGCCGAGCAGGAGAAGAGGGUGGAGAGCCUGCUGGAUGAAAUGGCCUUCCUGAAGAGGCUUCACGAGGGGGAGGCGGCCGAACUUCAGGCCCAGGUUCAGCUCGGGGCCCAGGUGGCGGUGGAGUCGGAGGCCACCACGCCUGACCUAUCGGGAGCUCUGAGGGACAUCCGGGCGCAAUACGAGAGGCUCGCAGCCAGGAACAUGCAAUCGGCGGAGGACUGGUUCCGCGGGAAGGUGGGCUCUCUGACGGAAAGCGUGGCCCAGCACAGCGAUGCGGUCCGAAACUCCAAGGAUGAAGCCGGGGAGUAUCGUCGCCAGCUCCAAGCCCGUCUUCUGGACAUCGAUGCUUGCAGAAGCCUCAACGAGUCCCUGGAGAAACAACUGAAUGAGGUGGAGGACAAGCAGAGGGGUGAGAUCUGCGCCAUGCAGGAUGCAAUUGGGCAGCUGGAGAAUGAGCUGGGAGGCACCAAGCAGGAGAUGGCUCGUUACCUGAAGGAAUACCAAGAUUUGCUCAAUGUCAAGAUGGCACUGGACAUUGAGAUAGCUGCCUACAGGAAGCUGCUGGAAGGGGAGGAGUCUCGCUUCAACGUGGGAGGGGCCGGAGGUGUGUCCAGCAUGUACUCCCACGGCCUGUCGGCCCCGCCCUCUUUCGGUCGCCCAAUGAUGUCCAUGCAUUCAAACUACAGCUCUGGCAUCUCCUAUCUGAUGACCUCACGCCUGCUCAGCUCCUCCUUCACCACCGCCGAGGACAUCAUCUCCGCCAGCCUGGCCCAGAAGGAAGAGGCCGGCCCACCGGAGGAAGAGGAGGAGGAAGAGAAGGGGGAAGAGGAGGAGAAGGCAGAGGAGGCCGACGAGGAGGAAGGAGAGAAGGAGGGGGAGGAUGAAGAGGAAGGGAAGGAAGGAGGCGAGGAAGAGAAGGAUGACAAGGAGGCCGGCGAGGAGGCCGAAGUGACAAAGGAGGGAGAAGAAGAAGGCGGUGACGAGGCCAAGGACGAGGAAGAAGGUGCCGCCGAGGAUGGCGAGAAAGAGGAGAAGGAGGAAGAGAAGGAUGAGGGAGGAGAGUCCGAGAAACAGGCCGAGGAGGCAGGAGAGCAAGAAGGGGGAGAGGAGGACAAGGGCGAGGCCAAGGAGGAAGACGGAGGAAAGAGUGAAGAGAAACCAGAUGACAAAGCACAAGACAAGAAAGACGAGGGAAAGGCAGAUCAAGCUGAGGUCAAAGGUGAAAAACCUACCGAGGAGAAGAAGGCAGAUGAGUCUGAGAAAGCCAAGGCUAAGAAGUAGUGUACAAGAGCCAGCAGACAGUCUAAUUAAAACCUCAGCUUGACAAACAAACAGUAGAAACACAAUUGCUCUCCGAUCAAGGUGCUCAACACAAGAAGUACAAUAAAGUCCUAUCGAACCAUAGUUACUUGCUUGCUUUCUGAAGUUAAUAAAAGCCUGGUUGCACAAUUUCUGAUAUGUUUGUGAGGAAAUGCAGACUGUGUGAGCGUGGUUUUGGACAUUCAAAUAAAUACUAUUGAAA